UCAUCUUAUAUUUUAACUAUCCUUCUUCUUCUUUCUCCUUCUACACUUUCUUCUCCCAAACUCACUAGUCACUGCCCUGGCUCUACUGCCAUCGCUGCCUACCUAUUGCGUGGCGGCUGGCGCGCUUUGAAGUUAACGGUCUGGCCGGGUUUAAGACUGUAGCUGUUCGACUUAUCGGCGGAGGUGGAGGCGGCGGCAGUAAUAAUAGUAGUAGGAAGAAGAAGACGAAGAAGAAAACUAAAGUUAAAGAUAAGUUCAUGGAAUUGUGGCACAAAAUGAUCUUCCCUGUUAAGCGAGUCUGGGUAGCCGUUUCUUCUCGUGUUAAGGCUCGCAAAAACGGUGCUGGCCUUUUGAAGCUUCAUGAUGAUGUACAAACUUGUGAAUAUCAAGAUGUUCAGGUGAUGUGGGAAAUGCUGAGGAGAUCUGAGACAGAGUUAAUAAAUCAAAAUCCGAAGCGAAGACAACGACCUUUUUGGAGAUUUUUUGUUUGGUCUAACCAUAGUUCAGCUUCGUCCUUCUCUGCAAAUCAUGCCUGAUAUGAGAGACUCCGGUUGAUACUGUAAGAAGAAUAAUAAGAAUAACUAUGUGUUGCCACCGUUGACCUGGCAUCGUGUUAUUACAUUCCAACAGCCGACAUUGCAGUGGCAUGUAUAGAGCUGUUAAGAUUAAAUAGUAUUCAGCUUUCAUUUUUCCCUGUGGAUGGAAAAAACUGCUGUCAAAUGACAUUUUCAUCUUUGUACAUAAAUGAUAUUUUUCCACAA